GAGAUAGCAUAAUUACAACGUAAGAGCAAGUACUAUUUGAUUCUAGUGUCUUCUCCUGUUGUGACCUGUAUCACGACCGAACCAUUGAAAUGAGCAGUCGCACUGAAAAGAAGCGCUAGCACUACUUUGAAUCACACAAUAAAAACACCAUGCCAGUCGUUUCUCCUCAUAAGCAAGGCAAGAGCGUGCCUGCUCGAACCUCGUUGUCGGGUGUCACUUCUACUUCUUCGCCUAAGAAGAAAAGUGUUGGCGCCGCACCUAGCUUGCUGCAGAGUCUCGGAGAAUCAGGCGCCGCUUCCCCAGAAGAGUUAAGAAAUCGGAAUUUGUAGUAGGAACUAGUACAACUUUUGUAGGAGUAUCGCUGUCAUAUAUCGAAGUAAGCAUUUAGAAGUUCCUCCCCCUCUAAUGCUUAGCGUGGAAUUUUUAUGCAAAAAAUUCACAAGUCUAUUCGCGUUGUUGCAGCAAAGAGAGGGAGAACUACAGCGUGAACGGGAUGCGAGAAAGCUCCUGGAAGAGAGCCAAGAAAGUGCUGUUAUUAAGGCUGGUCUACUUAUACUUUUUGUGUCUUGGUCUCACUCUCAUCGUAUCCUAUUAUAGGUUAUCCUAUAGAAGGCGGACAUACUGCUCCUAGGAGGAACUUGCUUCGUCCUCGGAGCACUUUUCCUACUUUGAAAGUAAGUCUCCAUCAUGUUGAACAGACAAGAAGCGGCUUCUACGUAAUAACGAAAACAGCGCCUUUCAUGGAAAGCCUCUAAACAAAGCGCCAGACAACAAUUAGAGCAGGACAGGGAUGCAUUGCGAACAGAAGUGGAAGCGUUGCACAGUCGGAUGGAACGGUCGGACAACCUGAACGUGGCUGGCUUGGCCAAUAUGAAGGCUGACAUACGCAGACUGGAACGGGAGAGAGCCCUGUUAGUAGAGGAGAAGGAGAAGUGGGAGGAGGAACAGUAUAUUAGCUGAUUCUUGAAUCACUUAUUAUUAUGAAGGAUCAUUGUGGGAGGAGGAACAGUACGAGCUCAUUGAAGUUAGGGACUAGCUACCAGACGAGUGAGUUCGUUUUCCUUGAAUCCUAAACCACCGUAAUCCUAGGCCUUCAAGCCCAAGCCAAUCCCUAAUCCACACAGAUCUCGCUUAGCCGGUCAGCUGCAGCAAGGCGGGUCAUCAUCUUCGACAGCUCCGCGGUUUGGUCGCUCGCCUGAAGAUGGGUCACACGACGGGGACCAAGAGGAACAACAGCACGACCUGUAUGGAUGAAGAACUUUAUGCCCGUUAUUUCUUUACACCUUGAUUCUUUUACAAGUCCUAAUCAAUAGUAAUUUCUGCCUGCCCUUCUCACAAGUGGAAUCUUUCAUAGUCUGGCGGCUGAAAAAGCCGUCCUAAGUCGUCCCUUCAUGUUUACUCUAAAACCAACCCUAAAAAUUCUGCUGUCAUAUAGAUAGUCUAGAAAUAGAAUGCUACUCCUUCCCCCUUCAUACCCUAGAAUCCGAAUUGAACACAGUUAAGCUACAGCGUGAAUCGCUUCGAGCCCAGUGCGAACGGAAGGAUACAGAGCUCAGGUUGCAGAACGAGAGGUGGAAGGAGGAGUUCAACUGCUUCAAACUGCAGAAGGAGGAUCUGCAGAAAACGUGUCGAGCACUGGCGACCAAAUCCUCAAGGGUGAACGCCUUGCUUUUAUGACUGAUAGGAUUUUUGGAUUUGGGUGAUGCAUUGUAGUGCAUUCGAAGUUGUACUUCUUGAAAGUUUUAUGUUAGAAUGGCAUGGAGCCUUAUUUUACGCAUCCUUUAGAUUUACGAACCUUCUCUGUCAAGUCUUGCGAUUUCUCCCAUGUCUAAUCCUCGCAGAAACGAAGGAGCUACAGCAGAGUCUUGGUGCUUAUAAAGAAAGAUUAGACGCUUUACGCGCAAAGAAUGGGAAAAUUGAAUCCGAAGCCAAACUGAAGGAUGCUAAGCUCGAAGCAGUGCGGGAAUCGGAGGAUAAAAUGCGAGAACAGCUUCGUCUAGAAAUGGCCAAAAACGAAGAGCUUCUGUUAUGGCUUCUGAGUUAUUAGGUGAUUAUUGGCCAAAAACGAGGAGCUAUUGUUAUGGCAGCUGGACGCAAGAAAAUUAUCACGUGUGCUCACACACCACAACUUAAAUCCCUCGAUUGAAUAUGAUCAGCACAUGAAUUAUAUGAACCUCUCUAACCCUCGCGGACCGAAAAGAGCUAGAAGCUGGGAGAGUCAAACUGCUGCAGGGAUUGAGUACUUUUGUUUUUUUCAUGAUUGCUUGCACCAGUAUUACAUCCGUUGCGACCAUGAUUCUAACAAUGGAAUUGAUACAUCCAAAUAUAGAAAUAAAUACAAAACGUCGACUUUGAGACCAAAACAUUCAUUAAAAAGACUUCUCCAAGAACCCACAACGAACUACCAGGUUCCAGAUCGAACCAACUCGAUCAGAAAGGAGAAGAAAUAGAGGCGUUGAAGAGGUUGGUUCGGGAACUAGAGGAGGAAAAUAAGAGGCUUUCCGGGAGUAAAGAGUAUGGUCUCGUUGAGGUUAUCUAUUUAGCCAAGAGGUUCUUUAUGCGUAAGUGUGUUAUCUCAGAUUCGGGGUAGUAGUGUAUACUUUCUAUGUCAAGUUAUUCAAGGACAAAGGUUUUGCUGCUAAGAUGGAUUUCUCAGUCGAAUGUUUUCUAAGAGGAAGGGCUUUGUAAGGCAGAAGCUGGGCACCUGGAGCAAAUCGACACAUUAAAAAGGGAGCGCGACUCUCUGCAGGUACAACGAGCACCUAAUCUGCUCUCGUUGUCGUUCUUACUCCGUGUAGGUCCUAGUAGAAGCCCUUUGUCUGCUUAUCCUGUCUUCCGACAAGUGAUUUCUCAGGUGAUUUCUUUUCCUCUGGUAAUCAUCAAACCAAUCUCCUUGUCACUACGUACCCUCUACCUGCGUCCUCGCAAGAAGCUACCCUCCAGUUAAUCUCCCUCCAGUUAAUCUCGGAAAACCUGCGUGGGGAAUUACAGCAAGUUUUCAAGGAUAAGGAAGGGCUGAAGGUGGACUAUACCGAAAAUUUGAAGCAGCUGGAGAAGUGGCGAAGUCGUUGUGUGGUUUUAGAACCACAAUUGGCCGAGCAGACGAAGCAAAAUAUCGCUCUAGAGGAAAAAUUGAAAUACUUGGAGGAAGAGCUAUUGCAUGUAUUUCAUUUAUAAUCAUUUUUGAUUUCAAGCUGUAUUUGCUUCCUGGAAGGAAGAUUUGUCUUAGUCAGAAAACACAUGGAAAGUAAGAUUUAGAAUGUAUUCGGUCCCUUAGCAAACGUAAACUUCUAUCCACCAUGUCGAUCAACAGGAAAGCGAGCAGCGUGCGAAGUUUCAGCGGGAAGCGUUGCUAAGUGUAGACAAGGCACGCGGACUCUCGCGGAAAUGCGAGCAAUUGUCGGAUAAGAUAUCCUUAGCCGAGCAUCGAAACACAAGCCACUUCCAGCGAGUGCUUGAGCAACAACAGAGAGCGCCAUCGAUGGGGGCUGCAUCGGCAGGAAAUGGGAAUGGCGUUUAAGAUAGUAGACAAGAUCCUCACAAGAAGGUAUAUUUCAACCCCUAUCUACUUCCUUCGACGUUUUAUUGAAGAGGGACCGACUUUACUUAACGGAAAAAGUCAAGGAGGUUUUAGUGAAGAGGGAGUUUCUCAUUCUCAACUAGAAAAGUCAACAACGAGACCCAGUAGUACUCCAUCUCUUCUAAAUCAUCAAGUCUGGUGCGCAAGGAGGUUCCAGAACGCCUACUAUGAAUGGUCUUCAUAGUUCUUCCUCAACGGCUUCAGCUGCAUGUAGGAGACCAAGAGCCGCCUCCGACUACACAGGACGUGGCCAAGCCAGCACUACCCAGAUGGAUUUUCUGAGGAGACACGUUGAGAGGGAAGAAGCAAAAUUGAGAAAGAGUGAUACUGCUACCAAUAAGACGCAAUACUUUUGAGUAAUUUUGUAGUACUUUACAAGGUUCAUAAUAGUCAGAUGUGCCUUCUGAGACUUUGUUUUUAGUACGAUCGACGGCCGGAGGUACUUGGUGGAAUCAUGAUUGAUGAGUCAUGGAAUGAAUUGGAAUUUGAUUUCUUUUGUAUCUACUGGGAUUGGAAUAGCUUUUAUUGCAUGGUAAAAAUCAGAAUAAUCAUUCUAACAUCGAAUACGAAUCAACAUCCUGAAGCUAGAAUAGUCAAUCGUGAAGAAAGUGUGUUGUUAUAGUACCAGUAUUUAUAGGGAGUGCACGAACUGAGACGCAUCCCUAGAGCUGAACACCUCUAUCAACGAGGCCGAAAAGACGAAAGUAAAAUUUUGCAGUAUCUACAAUAACGGGAUCGCUGCACGACAUCAACAUAAUGAGUCCUUUGGUUUUAGCAUUUCCUGUUUAGUACUCCGACGGAGCCAGAGAUGUUUCCUUCAAUGCUUCAGACUCCUGACUCC